GUGGGGCUGGGACCACGCUCCUAGGGAUUGUGCGGCGGAAAGUGUGAGUUUUUCAGGAAUUGUCCAAAUGGAUGAAGAUAUACAUUACAAUAAAGUUGAAGAUGUGGUUGGAAGUCAUGUGGAAGAUGCAGUAACAUUUUGGGCCCAGAGUAUCAGUAGAAAUGAGGAUAUUAUGAAGAUUGGUUGCUCACUGUCUGAAGUUUGUCCUCAUGCCAAUUCAGUUUUUGGGAAUCUUGAUCUAAAGAAGAUUUAUGGUGGAUUAUUUUCUGAAGAUAAGUGUUGGUACAGAUGCAAAAUACUGAAACUCAUCAGUGAUGAAAAGUGUCUGGUGAGAUACAUUGACUAUGGAAAUACUGAAAUUCUAAAUCGAUCUGAUAUAGUUGAGAUUCCUUUGGAUCUGCAGUUUUCUAGUGUUGCCAAAAAGUAUAGACUUUGGGGACUACAGAUUCCUUCUGGCCAAGAAGUUAACCAGUUUGAUCAGGGUAGAACCUUUCUGGGGAGCUUGAUUUUUGAAAAGGAAAUAAAAAUGAGAAUUAAAGCAACCUAUCAAGAUGGAACAGUUAUUGCUCAGGCUGAGUAUGGCACUGUGGAUAUAGGGGAAGAGGUGGCUAAGAAAGGAUUUGCAGAAAAAUGCAAACUCACUUCCAGCACUAACAUCUGUGAAGAACAAAAACCAGAUCCUGGUCAGCUUGUUCUCAGGAACCUCAAAGGCCCCAUUCCUCUGUGGGGACAUAGAUCAAACCAGUCAACCUUCAGCAGGCCAAAGGGGCGAUUAAGUGGGAGGCAGACACUUGACUCGAAGGAUGAAAAUGAUGUAGGAAAUCAUGUGCCAUUUCCAAAGGAAUGUUUGGCUAUUGGUGACUUUAAUUUAGGGUCUAAUGUCAGCCUGGCAAAAAUUAAGCAGGACCAGAAACUGAUUGAAGAAAAUGAAAAGCUUAAAACAGAAAAGGAGGUUCUUCUCGAAAGUUAUAAGGCAUUAGAAUUGAAAGUAGAACAGACUGCCCAGGAACUGCAGCAAGAGAAAGCAACCAUCAUGGAUUUAACUAAACAUUUAAAAAGCACUCUGAAGACUCAUGUAGGUACCAGAAUGAAAAAUCUAGCAGCUAAGAUUGAAAGAUUGAAAGAAAUUAGACGUGUUAACAUCAGUGUUCGUUUGGGAAAUGACCUUUCAGAUGCUAUACAAAUGUUGGAUGAAGAGUGCUUUUCUACCCCAGUUUCUUUGAAUGAAUUAGAGAUAGUUUGGGCAGAAUACAAUCUGGCUCAGGAGAAGAUUAAAACUUGUCAAAAUGUGAAUGAAGGGGAUAUUUUGAUUGCCAGAAGAAAUGAAGUGCAACAGAAACUGUGCAAGGCAGUAGAAGUUUUUAUUUUGGAAGUAGAUGAAUUACCUCUUAAUGAACGCUUGAAAACAUUGCAGGAUUUGUCAGCCUCUUUAGAAGCAGUAUAUGGACAGGCCAACGAAGGGACAAACUCUGAAGAAAUACUUAAGAAAUUUUAUGACUGGAAGUGUGAUAAAAGGGAGGAGCUCACCAGUGUUAGGAGUGAAACAGAAGUUUCUCUACAACGUCUGGUAGCGUGGUUCCAGAGCACCUUAAAGGCUUUUGAUCUUUCUGUGGAAGAAUCACUGACUUCUGAAGACACAAUUGAUAAUAUUGAUGAAAUCCUAGAGAAGGCUGAGUCAAGUGUCUGCAAAGAGCUGGAGAUAUCUCUGAUUGAGCAAGGUGAUGCAGACAAGGAAAUCAUUUUAAGUACAUAUAGUCAGGUACUACAGAAGAUCCAUUCAGAGGAAAGGCUUAUUGCCGCAGUACAAUCCAAGUACAAGCACAGUAUUGAGUUUAAGAAGCAGAUUAUCGAAAGUUUAAAUAAGAGCCCCAAUCUGGAUCAUUUGCUGUCCAUUAAAAAGACACUGAAAAACUUAAAAGCUCGACUGAGAUGGAAAUUGGUUGAAAAGAAUAAUUUGGAAGAAUCUGAUGACCAUGAUGGAUCUGAAAUUGAGAAAAUAAAACAAGAAAUAACUCAGUUACGUAAUAGUGUCUUUCAGGAAAUUUAUCGUGAGCGAGAGGAAUAUGAGAAGCUGAAUAACUUGGUACAGAAAUGGUUCCCUGAGCUACCUCUGCUUCAUCCUGAAAUAGGAUUACUUAAAUACAUGAACUCUGGUGGUCUUCUUACCAUGAGCUUGGAACGGGAUCUUCUUGAUGCUGAGCCCAUGAAAGAACUUAGCAGCAAGCGUCCUUUGUUAUGUUCUGAGGUUAAUGGGCAGAUAAUUCUUUUAAAGGGCUACUCUGUGGAUGUUGAUACAGAAGCCAGGGUGGUUCAGAGAACAGCUGCCUAUCACAGAGCUUGGAGAGAAGCUAAGGAAGAGUCUGGGUUGCUACCAUUGAUAUUCCUAUUUCUGUGUAAGUCCGAUCCUAUGGCUUAUCUGAUGGUCCCAUACUAUCCUAGGGCAAACUUGAGUGCUAUUCAAGCCAGUAUGCCUCUAACUUCAGAGGAAGCUUUAAAGGUCAUGAAAGGUGUUGCUCAAGGCCUGCAUACCUUGCACAAGGCUGACAUAAUUCAUGGAUCACUUCAUCAGAAUAAUGUAUUUGCUUUAAACCGUGAACAAGGAAUUGUUGGAGAUUUUGACUUCACCAAAUCUGUGAGUCAGCGAGCCUCAGUGAACAUGAUGGUUGGUGACUUGAGUUUGAUAUCACCUGAAGUGAAAAUGGGAAAACCUGCUUCUCCAAGUUCUGACUUGUAUGCGUAUGGCUGCAUUUUAUUGUGGCUUUCUGUUCAAAAUCAGGAAUUUGAGACAAAUGAAGAGGGAAUCCCAAAAGUGGAUCAGUUUCGUUUGGGUGAUAAUGUCAAAUCCCUCCUAUGUAGUUUGAUCUAUCGGAGAAGUUCAAUGACUGCUGAGCAAGUUUUGAAUGCUGAAUGUUUCUUGCUACCAAAAGAGACAUCAACUCCAAACCCAGAAAAAGAUACUGAAUAUGCCCAGUAUAAAGAGGAAGAAGAAUUAAAGUUGGAGAACUUGGAUAAAUAUAAAGAAAAGACAAGAAGUGGUGAAGCCAACUUUGAUUGAUAGAUUAGGGUUCUUUUGUUGUUGCAGAUGUUCACUUUAAAAACUUAAUUUAGUUUGGUUAAAUACACAGGAAAAAACCUGGAAGUGUUCUGUAGCUAGUUGGGUUAUGUCUUUGGUAUUCCAGUUUUAAAAAAUAAAAGAUAUUUGGCUAUGCAAAAUGUUGAAACUUUGAAGUUUCAUUUAACUGGAGGUGUUAAGGAAAGAUUUUCUGUCUAUUAUUUUUUGAAAUUGCAUAAUUAGACUAAUAUACUUGUAAUAGAAAAGGUUAUUAGAUUGGUGGACAGAUCCUAGGCAGAUUUUUAAUAUGUUGGCCAGCUGAUGAUGAAGGGUAAUGCUUUUGUUCAAUAAAUGAUAGUUGCUUCACUUUGUA